AAGUUCUAAUCUGACCUGACCUGGCUCUUAUUUAUGUAUCUCUGGAGGACGUCCUAAACCUCAAAAUAAAUAAACAAUCACCUCAGAAUGAACUCCGUUGCGCAGUCCCAACCUCAGUCCCAACAGAGGGCAGCCCCCGCUGAAGCGGGCCCCUCGACGCCCUCCCACACUGAAGAACAAAAGCGCCACUUCUACGGAAUUCUCCCCGAACAGGAAAGGAAAGGGAAGAGCUACGCGCAGUGGGUACGAGAAGCCUACGCCGAGCAGUAUGAGAAAUGGAUGCCAUGGCUGGAAGACCAGUACCUGAGGUGGUUCGGGAAGGGGGAUAAUAAGGCUUCUUACGUCACAAAAGAAAAUCUCUCCAAAACCAAGAUCACCGGCAACGAGCAAAUUAAUCGAUUGCAAGACGAUGCGAAUAACCUCGUCGGCAAUCAACUCGGCGAGAAUGGUUUGCUUGCACCUGUUGGAAACCUGGUGUCCCAGGAAGGUAUUAACCGGGCGGAACGCGGGGGAAAGGACGAGAAUGGUUCUUACGGGGGCCCGCUGGGGUUUGUGACGGAUCCGGUUAUUAAGGAGGGCACAAGUGUGGGAGCUAGCGUGACGGAUGGUGUGAGGGGCGUAGGGAAUUCAAUUGGGAGUGUUUUGAGGGGAGGAAAGUAGACAAGUGUGAUAUCGUGAAGGGUCCUUGGAGUGGUUAAGGAAGAGAGAAGGUUUUUGAGUUCAGAAUUUGGACUUAUGGCAUGUGUGCUUGGGAUUAUGACUGAUAUCUGAAUUGCUGCCGUUUCUGUUCAAGCAUCUAGUUUGGGGUAACUGUCAUGAUAUACUCGAUCGAUCCUUUAUAUUGAUUUGGCAUUCUGCAAGGCG